AUGAAAUCCUCUGUCCUUUGCUCUGUGCUGUUCGUGGCCCUCGCGGCAUGUGCGCCUACAAAGCAGGUCCGUGGAGACGACGCAACCAUGAACAUGAACAUGGACAUGGCCAUGAACAAGAUGGAGAACGAAAAUAUGGCCCCUUCCAUGGACAGAAUGGCCAAUAUGAACGAUAUGAACAACAAUGAUGGCAUGGAUGGAAUGAGCCAUAUGGAAAAUAUGCAUAACAUGAACGAAGCCAUGGAUAUGAAGCGCGAGAGCCAUAUGCCUGGAACUAUGAAUAAGGCGAUGGAUGCGAAGGACAUGGCUGAUGGAAUGAUCAUGGACAUGGGUAUGGACAAGGCCAUGAAGCGUGAUGUCCAGGAUAUGAAUGAGAUGAACAAGGGAAUGGAUCAGGACAAGGAUAUGGGGAUGUCUAUGUAA